CUUGUGAUAAAGUUAAGCUUUGAUAAGAUUCAUAAGAAAGUGAUGGAUGCAAUAGCUAGUACUUCAAAUCGAAUUUUAUACGACGUUCCUUGUGUCGUCUGCAAAGAUCAUUCUUCGGGUAAGCACUACGGAGUUUUCGCGUGCGAUGGCUGCGCGGGUUUUUUUAAAAGAUCAGUCAGAAGAGACCGCCAAUACGCGUGCAAGGCAAGAAUUCCUGGACUGUGUGUUGUAGAUAAAGCACACAGGAACCAAUGCCGCGCUUGUAGGCUGUCGAAGUGUGUUACUGCCGGAAUGAAUAAGGAUGCCGUCCAACAUGAGAGGGGUCCGCGUAAUUCCACAAUACGAAGACAAAUGGCACUUUAUUUUCGAGAUCCUACCACACCGUCUUCCGAUCUGGGCUUGCAUACACCUUCAGCCUUGGAUUUAGCAACCAAACGCCAUCCCUCUGCGUCUCUUCUGACACAUCCACCACCGCCACCAUCACUGCCACAUUUACCGCUUUACCAUAAUCCUUAUGGAGCCGUAUAUGGGGCCCUCAACUCAUGGUCACCACCCAGACCGCCGUUUUUAGUCAAAGUGCCAUCUCCAUCACAAUUUAAUAUUAACGAAUUCAGCCCACGAACUAUUCAAGAGGUGGCAUCAAAAUUACUGCACGUGAACGUUAACUGGGCCCGUUAUUUGCCAGGAUUCGCAACUCUAUCAUUCUCAGACCGAAUAGCCCUCUUAGAAGAAUCUUGGAAAGACUUGUUUGUAAUAGGCGUUAUACAGUUUCUUUAUCCUAUAACAUUGAGCACUCUGGUUGAUCGCGAUAGAAAUACUAAUUGUGAAGAUGUCGAAGAGUUGCAAGUUAUUCUCAGUGACUUUUAUAAGCUGAAACCAGACAGCAAUGAAUUGGCAUGUCUUCGAGCAGUUGCAUUGCUCAGGUCGCAGUACAUAACAAAACCGGAUGUACGAAAAUUACAAGAUCCAUCUACAAUAGUAUCUAUCUACAACUUUUAUCAAUUUGCGCUAGCACAGUAUGAGAUGAGGAUAUAUCCGUUAGACGUAGCCCGAACGUCCCAUUUCAUUCAGCUUUUGGAUAGAGCAAGAAGUACGCAGACUGCAAUAAUAGUGGAAUUAUUUUUACGUCAUUCAACCGGCAAUGUACCCGUAGAAAAAUUGAUUAACGAUAUGUAUAAUUCUGAAAAGGAAGUGACUUUGCUAUAAUUUAUAAACGACUGAAAUUGCAGAUAUUUACCUGUACAAAUUGAAUAUUAUUCGUGUUUUUAAAGUUAGCUUAGCGCGUACUGCUUCAUACAUUCCUUUUAUAUUGUUAUCCAUUUAUAAGUUCCAUUUAAUUAAUAUAUCAGAACAUCAUUUUUACUGGAAGCAUUUAACUGAAAGUUGUUCCAUUAUAAAAAAAACGGUGCCUUUUUUGUUAGUUUAUUAAAGUCAUCUUUUAUCUUAGUAUAAGUAGUACCUACUUAAGAAGAUAUUAAAUAUAAAUCUCAUCACAAAAUUGGGUCAACAAAGUAUUAUUCCGAAUAAUGUUAAGCUUCUAUUAUAUUAUCCUUUUCGAUCAUAAUAAAUCUUGAUAUUAGAAUUUGUAUUGCCAAUCUGUUAUAAUAUGA